UAGCUUGAAUUACAAAGUUUCACAUCGCCCACUACUGGAGCAGCAGCAAGAAGAAGAAGGAGAAAUGUGUUCUAGCCAUAGUAAAGAUACCUAAGAGCACAAAUUAAAUGGAUAUUACUUGCGGAACAUUGAGCAGUUUUGUUGACAAGUUCUGGGACCUAGUGCUGGACCCAACUUGCGAGCAGUUUCAUCAUCUGUCUCACUAUCACAGAAACAUUAAGCAGCUCAAUGAACGACUUGUGGAACUCAUCGAUGAAAGAAGCUCCAUAAAACAUCAAAUAGAUGAGGCUACAAACAAUGCAGAACCAAUUGAAGACAAAGUUCUUCAUUGGUUGCGCAAAGUAGAUGGGAUUUCAGAACAAAUUCAAAAGUUUCAUGAAGAAGAGAGUCAAGCAAAAACAGGGUGUAGCGUAACUUCAUGUCCCAACCCGUGGCUACGCUAUAAACUAAGCAAAAGAGCAAAGGCAAUGGCGCAAGAAGUUGUUGAAAUUUGUGGAAAGGGAAACUUCAAUACAGUUUCAUAUCGCGUUCUUCCGCCAUCCAUGCCAGAAUUAUUCAACAGAGAAAGCAAUGCAGGGAUUGGUUCAAGAGUGCAAAUUGUGAAUCAAAUUAUAGAGGAAUUACGGAAUCCAAGUGUUAAUAUGAUUGGAUUGUGUGGGCUUGGUGGUGUUGGCAAGACCACUAUAGCUAAAGAGGUAGCAAAGAGUCAAAACAUGUUUGAAAAGGUAAUCUUAGCAAUUGUUUCUCAAGAAUUGAAUGUUGAGAAGAUUCAAGGCCAGAUUGCUGUGAAACUGGGUAUGCAACUCAAUGAAACAUUUGAAGAAGUAAGAGCUUGUCAUCUGUAUGAGAGGUUGAAGCAAGAGAAGAAUAUGCUCCUAAUAUUGGAUGAUCUCUGGGAGGAACUUGAUUUUGGCAAAGUUGGAAUUCCUUUUGUUGAUGUUGAGAAUUAUAACAAAAAGAAUGAAGGCUGCAAAAUUUUACUAACUUCAAGGAACGAAACGCUGCUGUCGAACCGCAUGAAAUGUCAAAAAAUUAUCAAGGUGGGUUUUUUGUCAGAGGAUGAAGCAUGGGAGUUGUUCAAGAGGAUUGCUGAAUUGUCUAUUGACUCAAGUAGUCCUGACCUGAUAUCUAUAGCUAAUGCGAUUGUUCAAAAGUGCAGAGGCUUGCCACUAGCGAUUGCUACAGCUGCCAAAGAAUUGCUAGGAAAAAAUCCAGAUGACUGGAAAGAUUACCUUGCCCGAUUGAAUAAUCCUUUAAGGAGAAACAUCACAGGAAUUAGAGAGGUAGAUACCAUUUUGAUAUCAAGCUAUGAUCGUCUAAGCUCAUCAGAGAACAAGCAUAUUUUCUUACUUGGUGCCAUGUUGUCCCAUGAUCCCUCAAUCGAAGACCUUCUCAUGCACUCUGUGGGGUUAGAUUUUCUGAAACACACACAAAACAUGGAGGAAGCCCACAAUGGAAUCUCUGCUAUUCUGAAAGUGAUUCCCCCGAAACUUCUAUCUUGCUUCAAAAAAUUGGAAGUGUUGCACAUGGGAAACAGCUUUAACCAAUGGAAAAUUGAAGAAUCUAGUGAAGCUAAUGAAAAUGCAAGUCUUGAUGAGUUAAAGGAUUUGCCCAUCUCUUCUCUCGAUAUUCAUAUUCCUAAUGUCUCUAUGUUGCCGGAGACUUUGUUCUUAGAUUUGAAUUUGAAGAGAUAUAGAAUAUUCAUUGGAGAGCUUUGGAAAUGGCAAGGCAAUCAUGAAACUUCAAAGAUAUUAAAACUUGAGCUAGAGGGUAGUAUCCAUUUGAAGCCUGGGGUACGAAAGUUGAUAACAGGAGCUGAAGAUUUGUAUUUAUAUGGAUCUAGUGGGCUUGAAAAUGUUCUUCAUGGUCACGAUGGAAGAGCAUUUCCACAUUUAAGGCAUUUUCAAAUUGAAAGUAAUGAUACUAUUAGAUACAUUGUUUUGAACUCAGCACAUCUUGAAGCUGCAACAAAUAACAUAUCCAGCAAAAUAUCUGAGUUACUUUUCAACAAGGUGUUACUUCCAAAAUUAGAGAGGUUGGAAUUGUCCAAUUCAAUCAAUUUGAUUCCAACGAUAUGGGAUGACCAACUUUCACACACCUCAUUUAGCAAUUUGAAAACAUUGAUUGUGAAAAACUGUGGCUUUGUGAAAUUAGUGCCCCUUUGUGUGCUAAGAUCUUUAUACAAGUUGGAAGAACUGGAAGUCAGGAAUUGUCACAUGUUGGAGAUGGUGCUUGAUUUUGAAGAUUUGAACGAAUAUAGAGAGACGGUGUCAUUAUCAAUCCAGGUUGUGCCACUGAAGAAGUUAACGCUACAUGGCUUGCCAAAAUUGAAGAAUGUGUGGAGCAAUCACUACCAAGGAAAUGUCUCCUUCCCAUGUCUAAGGAAUGUCAAUGUUUUUAGAUGUGAAAGUCUCACAAGUAUAUUUCCUGCAUCCAUAGCCAAAGGCAUGCUUUGUGAUCUUGAAGAGCUUCGAAUAGAUGAUUGUGCUUUGUUGGCUUGA